AUGGCCGAUGAAACCGGCGGCUCAAGCUCGGGUUCCGAGUUGGCACUUCAAAUUGCAAGCCUACUACAAAAUAAUAAUCACCAUCAACAGCCGAAACUUUCCGACAACCUUCAAUUCAACCUUAAAUUAAACAAUCAAAAUUACGCCUUAUGGACUCGAAUGAUCCGAGUAGCCAUAGGUGGUAAAUCCAAAACCCUGUUAAAUCAUCUUACCGAAAACCCACCUGAAAAAGUAUCAUUAGAAAAAUACGAGAUAUGGGAACAAGAAGACCUGAUCGUUUUUUCUUGGCUCAUUCAAAACAUCGAACCAACCAUAGCCGGAAAUCUGACUGAGUUUUCCACAUCAAAAGAAUUGUGGGAUGCCUUGGUAACUACAUACAGUAGUGGUAAAGAUAAACUGCAAGCCUUUAACCUCCAUGUAAAAGCCAACGAGUUGAAACAACAUGAAAAAACCCUCGAAGAUUUCUGGAUCUCUCUCCAAGGCGUAUGGGGAGAGAUAGAUCGGAUAGAUCCCAAUCCGAUGAAAUGUGCAGAUGAUAUACAAACAUAUGCGAAGAUCCGAUCUGAUCAAAAACUCUUUCAAUUUUUGAAUGAAGCUGCUUAUGCCACCGUAAGAAAGGAAGCCGCUCACCAAAAGAUUUUGGGAGCAACUAACAUCGAACCCCAAGGUGUCGCCGCCGGGUUGAUUGCCAGAGAAAUCAACGGCGACGGGUUUGUUACAAAAGGGUACCGGCGAUUUGACGGCAAGAAAAAGAUCAAAGAUGAUAAAUCUGAUCUAUCUUGUGACGAGUGUGGCAUGGAACGACACACAAAGGAACAGUGUUUCCGAUUAGUUGGAUACCCGGCGUGGUGGACAGAGAACAAGAAAGGUGUCAAACGGGUUCCUACCACCAGCACCAACACCACAAAGGAAAUCAAGAAUGAUAACCAGAAAAAGGAUGGUGGAUUUGGGGGAUUAGCGGCGGCCGGCGGUGUGGAGGAUGAGGGGGUGUUUUCGGUGGAAGAUUUCUCUGAUAUAUCGAAUUCCAGGAAAACACAUAUUGAAGCAGCAAAUAAAGGGAAAAUGGAUGAUAUCAGGACUGGACAGAUUAUUGGGCGUGGCGCUGAGAGAGAGGGACUGUACUAUGUUGAUGAAGUAAGUGGAAGUGGAAAUGUGAUGCUAGCUCAUGGAACAAAUGAAAGAGAAGCUUGGUUGUGGCAUAGAAGACUUGGACAUCCUUCAUUUCAACAGUCUAUCAAAAUUGUAAGGUCUGACAAUGGUGGAGAAUAUGUCAACUCACAAAUGAAACAAUUUUUUCAGCUCAAAGGAAUAAUUCAUCAAACCACAUGUCCGCAUACACCUCAACAGAAUGGUGUAGCUGAACGGAAAAACAGACUCUUAUUAGAGAUGACUAGAGCUCUAGUAAUUGAAUCCUGUGUUCCAAAACAGUUUUGGCCAGAAGCUGUAGCAACCGCCACUUACCUAAUUAAUCGACUCCCAACAAAAAUUCUCAAAAUGAAAACCCCUCUUAAAACUCUUACUACAUACCACACACUUCCAUCAGCACUCACUCUUCCGCCCAAAGUUUUUGGAUGUACUGUCUUUGUCCAUAUUCCAAAAAUGUGCUGA